AUGAUCAAAAGAUAAGAGAGCAACCUCGAACUUAACUGGUUGUAUUCCGAACAAAAAGCGGAGAAACUCAGAGUUGUCGAAACGUCCCUGAACGCAGCAUUUUGUUUUGCUACCAUCAGGCAUUGCGACCACAGUCAUGUAAGCUCAGAAAUCAGUAGUAACUGCUGAAGCGGAGAAUAGCUGACAUCAUAAGCACAAUCCCUUCUGAUAUUUAUGCGGAUUUCAUAACGCAGGAAGCAUGUGUCAUCGAAUUGAUGAUGUGAUGAAGCUGUGCUGCGAGUUAUCUGCCAAUCAGCAAGUCCAGACCACAGUGAGAGGCUCAGGUAAAGGAGCAGCAGCAGCUGGGGGCCUGGCCUUCGCUGGAGGUCUGGUCGGGGGUCCUCUUGGCAUUGCAGUCGGUGGUGCUGUCGGAGGCCUUCUGGGCUGCUGGCUGACCAGUGGACAAUUCAAACCACUCCCUCAGAUCAUAAUGGAGCUCAGUCCUCAGCAGCAGCAGAAGCUUUAUGGUGAUCUUAUGGCUAUCCUGGGAGACAUUCAGUGGACAGAUCUGGCUCAGCUGACUGCUCUAGUGAUGGGCAAUGCCACCCUGAAGCAGCAGCUUACAGGCGCCCUUCUCGCGUAUAUCACCAAGGAGCUCCAUGCAGAGGUGCACUAUGUGGAUUAGUGCUCAGGAGGAUGGCGUCUUGUGAACUCUUUUUAUGACGCUGGAGAGACUCUGUUAAAUGUGAAAUCACAUAUUUAAAAAUGGCUCAGACACAAGAGGUUAUUGUGAAUUCAACAGCUGCAUAAGUGGAUUAAUUUAUUAUUCAAAGUGCACUUGAAUGAAUCAUUUAUUAAUUAAGCCUUUAAUGGCACUGAUAACCAGUGCAACUAUAGAAGUUACUCUGAUUUAAGGCCUGACUGAGUGGUUCAUGUGCAAUGAAGUACUGUUUUAAAUAUUUAAAUACAAAAGAUUGUGCAUUGAAUGAAUGCCAACUGUACAGUGUGAAAUAUUUUGAUUCGAUGUAAAUUUGUGAUCUAUUAAGAACAGGAACUUACCAGCAUCUGUGUAAAGCAUAUUGUUCUUGAGUCAGUUCAAGUCUUUUAGUGCUUUCAAUGAUUUCAUUAAUAAAAACAUGAGGUUGUGUAAA